AUGUCGGUCAGAUUUCGUCUGUUUGUUACGGUCAUCAAGUCAUCUUUCAUCGCGGAUCGACUGUCGGCGGCGGCCAUUUUGUCGCGGACGGAACUGCAAACAAUCCGCUCGAAACUGGAGCGAGUUUCGAGGGCGCGUGAUACUUCUCUUCGGCGGCGCGUGUCGAAGAAAGUUCGCGCUCCACGCCUAGGGAUGUACACAAUCGGU